CAAAGCCAUAAAACAAUGUUGAUAAUAAUUGAUAAUUGUUUUUCCUUAGCCUGAUACGUAUUUAAGUAUCAUUAUAUAACAAAAGCAAUUUUAGUACUUUAUCAAAAUGUUUUACUGGCAAAUGAUACGGCAAUAUUCAACAUACAGAAAAGUAUCGAAUUUGAUAAAAGGAGCGUUACAAGAAGUGCAAUUCGUAAGGAUUCAUGGACCGACUGCUGACGAGGUCAUGGGAGAUGCUGAUUUGUCGGAUAAAACAUGCUUAAUUACUGGGGCCAACAGCGGUAUCGGACUUGAGGUCACCCGUUGCUUAAACAAACGAGACUGCAGGGUUCUCAUGGCCUGUCGUAAUCCAUACGAAGCAAGAAUCGUGGCCAAAAAUGUAUGCGAGAAACCAAACAAUCUCAAGAUGUACGAAAUAAAUCUUGCAUCUUUGGCGUCUGUGGAAAAAUGUUCGGAAAAUAUUAUCAAGCAGGAGAAGAAUAUCGACAUUUUGAUAUUGAAUGCUGCUACUUUUGGCUUACCAUGGUCACUUACUGAAGAUGGUUUGGAGACAACGUUUCAAGUGAAUUUCCUGAGUCAAUAUUUUUUGCUUUUGCGACUGGAAGAAUUACUUUCUCCAAAUGCAAGAGUCAUUUUCACAUCAUCGGAAUCGCACAGAAAUAUUAAUUGGCCAAUAGAAAAACGGCUAUCGCCGACCAUAGAAGACCUAUCUUUACCCCAGAAGGAGUACACAACGAUUAAAUCUUAUAACAUAUCAAAGCUGUGCGGUCUCUUAGCGAUGCAUUAUUUAGGCUACCGUUGGCUGUAUACGGGAAGAUCUGUGUUUUGUGCACAUCCUGGUUCAUUCAUCAAGACUCGUCUUCCUCGUAACUGGUGGGUCUACGAAGCCCUGUAUACUUCAAUGCUACCGUUUUCCAAAACAGUGCCUCAAGCGGCCAGUGCUGUGACCUAUUGUGCCACUUCGCCCGACCUGAAGGAUGUGACAACGUUUUACAUAAAGAACUGUACUCGUUGCGAGGAAUCCGAGCUGGCGCGGGAUACCCACCUGUCGUUCAAGGUCCAGGACCUGGUGCGUGACGUUCUGCGGGACAGGAUCCCCAACUACGACUACAGCAUCGUGCGUCCUGACACCGACCACGUGGCUGAACCCUCCAUCGAGGCCACACUCAUGUCUAACUAUUCUGGUUGAGUCUUUCAUUAACCCUCUACCUUAGAUCAUUUAUACGUCUAAAUAGACUAUGACAGCUGUGCAAACGGCGAUAAAAAAUAUGUUGACAGUUUACCUCUAUUUUGUACAAUGCUGACACACAAAUAGCGUGUGUAUGAAGUAGCUUGUCACGCACAAUAAAGUAAUAUUUCUGGCCUAUUUUCAUCGGUUGUCUAGCAGCAAGAGGCUCUAUCUAGUCGCAUAAAUUAUCUAAGCCCUCUACAAUAAUUAUUGACGUUUCUCUUUUAAUUUUAAUAAAUAUUAUAUAAUAAAACAUUUUAAAUAAA